AUGACCUUCCCGGUGCUGUUGGCGAUUUUGAUCGUUUUUCAUGCUGAUCUGACAGUGAAGGGAUCUCUGGACACUGAUGUCCCACCUCAGCGGACUCUGGAGCAAGGGGCCAUGCUACCGAGAGUCCCUAACAUCCACUCAGAUGGGGAAUUCACUAUUUCACCAUUUCCCACAUCGAUCUCUUCGCCCGAGCCACAGUCAAACCCGGGAAGAGCCCGGAGGAAACGGAAAAUGUCAGUGACCAGGAAAGGUGGGGAAUGGGAGGAGAGGAACUGCAGGCUCCGAGCCCUUCAGCUGCGUGUCCAGGACCUGGGCCUCGGCUACCACUCAGAUGAAAUUGUCCUUUUCAAGUACUGCAGCGGAAGCUGCCCCAUGGCCAGGACAAACCACGACCUGACUCUUUCCUUGCUGCUGCGUAAGACGGGCCUUCUCAACCUGUCGCAGGAGAAGAUUGUCAGUGACCCCUGCUGUCGUCCCACCCAGUUCAAAGACGUCACCUUCCUGGACAUUAACAAUCACUGGCACACGGUAGAGAAACUCUCAGCCUCUGAGUGCAGCUGCAUUGGGUAACUGUCUGAGCACAGGCCAGGGGUGGGGCAAAGAGACCAAAAUCCCAGGACAAUCAGGACCAAAGCUGCACUCAAUCCCACGCAAAACCCAGACAGUCAG